CUUUUAUUUUGACUCCCGGAAGUGAGUCCCGGAAGUGUGUGAUAUUGUUGUCAUGGCUGAUCGCGGGAGUGAUUCUGGGGACUCCAGUAGCGAUGCAGACGUCUCAUCUGUCAUGGGCUUCUCUGGGUUUGGGAAGAAAGCUCGAACCUUUGACCUGGAGGCCAUGUUUGAGCAGACGAGGAGGACGGCCAUCGAGAGGAGCCAGCGUGUCUUAGAGGAGCGCGAGAAACAGGACGCUGAGGCCAGCAGCGGCGAGCCGUCAGCGUCAGCAUCCAGGAAGCAGGACUCUGAUGUCAUCGGUCCUCCACUUCCUCCUGCGCUCGGCGCUCAGACGGAUGAGGAUGAGGAAGAUGAUGAUGAUGAUGAUGUGGUCGGGCCACCGCUGCCGCCUGGAUACAAGCACAGCACUGCUGACGACGAUGAUGAUGAUGAUGAUGAUAUGACUGAUGAGGAAGAUGACAAUCCAGUGAAGAAGAUCCCGGACACUCAUGAGAUCACGCUUCAGCACGGCUCUAAAAGCGUCUCAGCUUUGGCUCUGGAUCCGUCUGGCGCUCGUCUGGUCACCGGCGGCUACGACUACGACGUGAAGUUUUGGGAUUUCGCCGGGAUGGAUGCGGCGCUGCAUGCCUUCCGGUCCCUGCAGCCGUGUGAAUGUCAUCAGAUCAGGUCUCUGCAGUACAGCGUCACCGGUGACGUCAUUCUGGUGGUGGCGGGAAACUCGCAGGCCAAAGUUCUGGACCGCGACGGAUUCCAGGUCCUCGAAUGCAUCAAAGGAGAUCAGUAUAUUGUGGACAUGGCCAAUACCAAGGGUCACACGGCGAUGCUGAACGACGGCUGCUGGCAUCCCAAAAUUAAAGAGGAGUUUCUGACCUGCUCCAAUGACGGGACGGUGCGGACGUGGGACUUGAACUCGGAGAAGAAGCACAAGUCUGUGUUCAAGCCUCGAUCGCAGCAGGGCAAGAGAGUGAUUCCCACCUGCUGCACCUACAGCCGUGACGGCAAACUGAUCGCCGCCGGCUGCCAGGACGGGACCAUCCAGAUCUGGGACAGGAACCUGAGCGUUCACACGAAGUUCCACUGCCGCCAGGCUCACGCCGCCGGAUCCGACACGACCUGCCUCACUUUCUCUUACGACGGAGUAACUCUCGCAUCACGAGGAGGAGACGACACGCUGAAGACGUGGGACAUACGCAACUUCAGGAAACCUCUCGCCGCUGUUACUGGCCUGAGCUCCUUCUUCCCCAUGACAGACUGCUGCUUCAGUCCGGAUGAUAAACUGCUGCUGACGGGAACCUCGGUGAAGAAGGACGAAGGCAACGGGAAGCUGCUGUUCUUUGAGCGGGAAUCUCUGCAGAAGGUCUAUGAGAUUGAAGUGGCUGAUGCGAGCGUCGUCCGCUGUCUUUGGCAUCCCAAGCUGAAUCAGAUCAUGGUCGGGACGGGGAACGGCCAGGCGAAGGUCUACUACGACCCGGUCAAGAGUCAGAGAGGUGCGAUGUUGUGUGUGGUCAAGAGCAAGAGGAAGGAGAAACACGCCGAGACGCUGACACAAGAUUACAUCAUCACCCCUCACGCUCUGCCCAUGUUUCGUGAGGCCCGGCAGCGCAGCACCAGGAAGCAGCUGGAGAAGGACCGACUGGAUCCGGUCAGAUCCCACAAACCCGAGCCGCCCGUGUCCGGACCAGGUCGAGGCGGUCGUGUGGCGGCCCACGGCGGGACACUGUCCUCCUUCAUCGUCAAAAACAUCGCCCUGGACAAAACCGACGACAGCAACCCGCGAGAGGCCAUCCUGCGUCACGCCAAAGAAGCCGCUGAGAACCCGUACUGGGUCGCCCCGGCCUAUAAACAAACGCAGCCGGAGCCGCUGUUUGCAGAGGAGGAGGAAGAAGAGGUCGACGAAGAUCAGCCCGAAUGGAAGAAACGCAAGAUCUGAGGAGAUUUCCUCUUCCACUCGGACUCUGAGUUUGUGGAGUUCAGAGGAAUGAAACUUCUGUCGGGGUUCUCCAACACACUUUCCAAACCUCGUGAAAACGGACCGUUCCAAGUCUGAAUCUGAGCAGAAAUUACAGUGUUUGCUAAAUGUCAUUUACAGCUCAUACAGAUGAUUCAUUAUUGUCUGAUUUAAUACUUUGACUGUUUUUUCUUUUGUAUUUUUGUCUUUUAGAUUAUAAAUAAACCUGAUGUGUGGCCUGUUUCUCGUACAAA